AACUUGGUGAUGUUGCCUCACCUGGUGGUGCUAGAAACGCCUUUUGCAGACACUUCGUACCGCCUCUACCCUGGUUCUACGUUCACUGCGACCGAGCCAGGCUGUGUCCGCAUCAUCUACAUUCUGCAUCCCGUUCAUCCCGUUCAUCGCGCUAUGCAGCGUCCUCCGCGGGAAGCGGCUCUCAAAGACCAAGUCAUCCAGGCCUUCUGACGAUGACGUUGACUGUUUGUUCUCCCAGCUUUGGCAGCACUGUCUUGCACCAAAACGGUGGGAAGAGCCGGGAAGGAGGAGACAUCGCACUCUGCUCGUAGUUCUGGUACUGGCGUGGUACCUAUCCCAAACAGGAUCCCAAAAAAUGUCAUCCCGCGAAAUGGCCUUGAAGGUCAGCCGGCGACCCUCGACGGGCAUUGACAUUGGGCUUGUUCUCCCAGAAGUGACACGAUUGCAAAUUCCGAGACGUUGCGGCUGAUAUGAUCUUGACCAGCGAAGGGUCUCGAAAAUACGCGUGCGGAGAGCGGGCCAGGUGGCAGUACUUGCUCAGCGAGCGGAAGGUAGGUUGCACUUUUGAAAGUUAGGACUAGCUUUCCUCCUCUCGGUGUGGAUAUCCUCUCUGUAGCAGCCGCGGCCGCUGCAUAGCCUCAUGUCUAUCUUGGGUACGUAAUGGGGGUUUCGUUUGUUCGUAAUAUCCAUGUUCGAUUGUACGCGCCACUCUUGUGACGUGCCCCUUGCUAUUACUGCAAGCUUGCACCUAGGUAUUUCAGGGCACACACCGAGGUUAUACACAUGGUUGGCCUCUCCCCAACCCCUGCUAGAAAGUCGGCCAAUUAAUGAUGAUAUGACACGGGACGCACAACGCACUCGAUGUUCCUCUCGCGCAUUAGAAGCUUAUGGAGAGCCUCCGCUCGCGGACAUCUCGGACAUCCCGGGCAUUCCGGUCGUGCUAGCAUUCUCGGUAUACUUGACGUCAGCCCAAGGCAUUUCACGUCGAUGAAACCUUCC